AUGAUUUUGUAUGAAAAAUUCAAGGACAUGAGUCAGGAAACUAGUCAAAUUUUCAAAAAAUUAGGACAGACAAUUUGCGAGUUAAGACUGAAAGAAGAUGAGGACAGAUAUUCAGUAAGUUCUUCACAAAGCCACCGAAGUCUCGCAAAUCAAUUAAGGCAUUCGAGAAGGCCAGAACUAAUUAGUCGACAAGGCAAAUAGACUUGCACUCAACGAAAUAGAGAAACGAAAAUUAGAAGUUCAGAGGGAAGACCAGAGACUGGUUGAAGAAAUUUAACUUGCAAAGGAAAGUUCAAAAUAAAGGAGUAUUUAAGUAGCAGUUGGCGGAGAAAGAAAAACGAAAGUUGAGGCAUGCACACGGUUUGAGAACGAAAGUAUGCCAGUGAUGUUCGAUGAUGACAAUCGAAGUAACGCCCCACAAGGACACGUCGAAAAAAAUAUUCAAUCUCAGGACCUUAGCCAACACCCUCUGGAGAAAAUAACGAACCCGACACACACGCUGCAACCAAACUACUACCUCGCGAAUGCAGAUCCCCAUUUCCUCAUCUAUCCCAACUAGAUCCAUCUGUUCCUGCGUACGUUCCUAACAUGGAUACUACCUUGGCUCCAACACUGUACCCAGUCAUCACUGAACCCCGACUUGGUUCAAGCUCAAUUAACCUCCAUCACAAAUAUGUUGGAACCAGAACCGAUCGACAGCCUGGAGUCUUUAGCGGUAAUCGUUUGAAAUACACAAUGUGGAUGAAGGUAUUUGAGGCUCUUAUUGAAGGCAGAGCAAUCAACCCAGCAGAAAGUUUAUAUUUUCUUAGAAAACACGUUAGUGGUGAAGCGAAAGAGGUGAUGAAUGGUUUCAUGCUUUGUAUGGUGACGACGCGUACCUUGAAAGCAAAGGAGAUGCAGGCAAAAAGGUUUGACGAUCCAUUCUCCAGCGCCGUAGCAGCAGCCUUUAGAAAGAGACUUGAUGAAUGGAAACCAAUUACACCUGGUGAUGCGACUGGUCUAAGAAAGUAUGUUGACAUCCUUGUUCAAUGA